AUGGAAAACGGCAAUAGCCUAAAUAAUUCACCUGUUAACUUGAUCGCAAGUGGAACCGGAGUGGAGUUAAAAGCUAAUGCGGAGGAACAGAACAAGGAAUUUUUUUCUAAAAUUAAUAAAUUCAUUGAAAAGUCAUGGACGUCCAUACACAAAGAUUUGAGGCCCCAUUUCAAAGAUUUAAAAAGUAGCGGCGACGUGGCGAAACUUUCCAACUCAGUGAAAAGAAUAAAAGUGAAAGAUCUUGAGCAAAGCCUUAAAAGACGCCAUUCGCAGAAUAAUGAUCGGAACAGAAAGAUGCAUCUGGAAAGUCAGAUACAAAGGGAACUGCAAGAAGACUUUCCAGAUAAAAAUUGUACGUACGAAUUUUUCCCACCAUCAUUACCUCCAUCAAAAGAACCAUCAAAUGUGUACGUGAACGGCGGAAAGACCGAGGAAGCAUACAAAAAUAAUGACGAAAGUACUUUAAUCUCAACACUAAACUUGACCGGCAUUGAGAACAUAUCAUCAUCGAUGUAUCUGCAGAUUUUGUGCCUACAAUCUCUCCUCUUGGAACAGUUCGAGAAACAGCUGACUCAGCAGAAAGCAAACAUUUCCAUGCCGCAUAAGGAUUUGCUCACCUUCUUUCCCAAACAAUUUUUGCAUUUGUUCGAUCAAGAUAACGACAUAAAAUCUAGCAAAGAAUCGCAAACUGAUGAUGUUAAAAAUUUUUAUUUGAAUAAAGUCAAUGAACUGAAUCAUUACAAUUUGCUUGGGAAAUCGACAAGAGGAAAGAAUAAAAAAGAAUAUAUAGCUUUAGCAGAUAGACUUUUGAAGGAUCAAAAAUUAAUACAGCAGCAGUUAAAAGAGUUGGUUUUGAAGCAGCAGUUGCAGCACCACCAGUUGGAACACCUGAGCAGCAACAUAACUGGUUCCUCUUAUGCUAGAACUAAAAAGUCUGAAUCAAAAACAGUUCAAAGUAAAAACAUUAAAGCGAAAAGUUCUAUCUCGACAGCAUAUCGAUCUAUUGAACAAUGUUCUAAAAUGAUGAGCCAGAAAAAUCCAAAAGCACUAAGUGCGUUGAUGAAACGCGAGAAAUUUGACAUAUUUUUAGAAUUCGACCAAUUGGAAUAUCGCAUUCAACAAAAUAUCGCAAAAGUUGUUGAUGCUAUGAGCAAAAAAUUGAAAAUGCGUACUUCUGUUUUAAAUAUUACUGACAAGCGUCAGUUGGAGAAAAGUUUGCUAAAGAUUAACAACAUCUGGGAUGAUUACAGAAAACAGGCAAACAUACUCAAGAGAUUCCGUGGGGGUAAAAAUUUUGAUUUAAACAUUUCAUUAUCUAAUGAAAUGCUUUCUCUCAAAAAGAAAACACUCAAUCGAUCGAGUAAUGUCGAUCCAGUUAUGGAACUAAAAGAACAGCUGAUCCAUCUUCAGCUCACGAUCGAAUCACUGAUUAGUAACAUCGAUCAAAAAGUUCAAAAAUUUUACUACAACAAACUUAUAUGUACCAUUCAAAAGUUAGACGAAGUUUUGAGCUUUACUCAAAAUCUCAUGACAUCAUUUGUAAGUUCGUGUGAAUGUUCUGAAGAGAUGAUUACUCAGUCGUCAAAAUCCCACCAGCAAAUUUCUCUCAACAAAACUAAAUCUUCGAACGUUGACACGUCGAUAGAGUUCGAUCAUUUCACAGCCGAUUCUUACAUGACAAGUGCCGCCUCGUUCACAUCUUCCAGCUCCAUUUACAAAGACGUCCCAGCAAAGCAGCAAAAUUCAGAUAGCAGCAUUGAAACUGUUAAUGGUACCGGUGAAAACGAUGACAAGAAAACAGAAGGUUUAGAAUUGGCUUGGGGAAAUUUUGUGAGCCACGGAUGGGUGAAGACCUUCCCAAUCGAAAUCGGCAAACCCCAUUCAAAAUAA